CGCCGGGGGCGGGCGCAGGCGCGGGCGCAGGCGCAGGCGCGCUGGUGUUAUUGUUCCGUUGUGCCGCCCGGCGGGUGCCUCGCGCCCGGCGCCGCUCCCUGCCCGCGCGCCGCCGCCAUGCCGAUCAACAAGCCUGAGAAGCUGGACAAGCCAGAGAGCUGUGAUAAUGUGAAGGUUGUUGUCCGAUGCCGGCCUCUGAAUGAGCGAGAGAAAGCUACAGGCUACAAAAUGGCGGUCAAUGUAGAUGAGAUGAGAGGAACUAUAACUGUUCAUAAAACAGACUCAUCCAAUGAGCCUCCCAAGACGUUUACGUUUGACACGGUUUUUGGACCAGAGAGUAAACAGCUAGAUGUCUAUAACUUAACUGCAAGACCUAUUAUUGACUCUGUCCUAGAAGGAUACAAUGGCACCAUUUUUGCAUAUGGGCAGACUGGAACAGGCAAAACUUUCACCAUGGAAGGUGUCCGAGCAGUUCCUGAGCUUAGAGGAAUUAUUCCCAAUUCCUUUGCCCACAUAUUUGGUCACAUUGCCAAGGCAGAGGGGGAUACAAGGUUCUUGGUUCGUGUGUCUUACUUGGAAAUUUACAAUGAAGAAGUGCGAGAUCUGCUAGGAAAAGACCAGACACAGAGGUUAGAGGUUAAAGAGAGACCUGAUGUGGGAGUUUAUAUCAAAGACCUAUCAGCCUAUGUCGUAAACAAUGCAGAUGAUAUGGACAGAAUCAUGACUCUGGGCCACAAAAACCGUUCUGUUGGUGCCACGAACAUGAACGAGCACAGCUCCCGUUCGCACGCCAUCUUCACCAUCACCAUUGAGUGCAGCGAGAAGGGGGUUGAUGGAAACAUGCACGUUCGCAUGGGCAAGCUGCAUCUGGUUGAUCUUGCUGGUUCUGAAAGGCAGGCAAAAACUGGAGCCACAGGACAGCGACUGAAAGAAGCUACUAAGAUCAACCUUUCUCUUUCCACCCUGGGAAAUGUCAUCUCGGCACUGGUGGAUGGCAAGAGCACUCACGUACCGUACCGUAACUCCAAACUUACACGGCUGCUUCAGGAUUCUCUAGGAGGCAACUCCAAAACCAUGAUGUGUGCAAACAUUGGUCCAGCAGACUACAACUACGAUGAGACUAUCAGCACUCUCAGAUAUGCAAACCGAGCCAAGAACAUCAAGAACAAGGCCAGGAUUAACGAAGAUCCCAAGGAUGCUUUGCUCCGCCAGUUUCAAAAAGAAAUUGAGGAGCUUAAAAAAAAAUUGGAAGAAGGGGAAGAGAUUUCUGGCUCUGAGACCAGUGAUUCGGAAGAAGAGGAUGAUGAUGACGAUGGGGAGAUUGGAGAGGACGGGGAAAAGCGGAAGAAACGACGGGAUCAAGCAGGCAAAAAGAAAGUUUCCCCUGAUAAGAUGGUAGAGAUGCAAGCAAAGAUUGAAGAGGAGAGAAAAGCUCUUGAAACCAAGCUUGAUAUGGAAGAAGAAGAAAGAAAUAAAGCCAGGGCUGAACUGGAGAAGAGAGAGAAAGAUUUGCUUAAAGCUCAACAAGAGCACCAGUCCCUGUUGGAGAAACUGUCUGCACUGGAGAAGAAGGUGAUUGUAGGAGGUGUGGACUUGCUGGCAAAAGCAGAGGAACAAGAGAAACUUCUAGAAGAAUCAAAUAUGGAGCUGGAAGAACGAAGGAAGAGAGCAGAGCAGCUUCGCAAGGAGCUUGAGGAGAAGGAGCAAGAACGCUUGGACAUAGAGGAGAAGUACACCAGCCUCCAGGAGGAAGCACAGGGGAAAACUAAAAAGCUGAAGAAAGUUUGGACCAUGCUUAUGGCUGCAAAAUCAGAGAUGGCAGAUUUGCAGCAAGAGCAUCAGAGAGAAAUUGAAGGAUUACUGGAGAAUAUUCGACAGCUGAGCAGGGAACUUCGUCUUCAGAUGCUUAUCAUAGACAACUUCAUUCCUCAGGACUACCAGGAAAUGAUUGAAAACUAUGUUCACUGGAAUGAAGACAUUGGGGAAUGGCAGCUGAAAUGUGUUGCAUAUACAGGAAACAACAUGAGGAAACAGACUCCUGUCCUGGAUAAAAAGGAAAAAGAUCCCUUUGAAGUGGACCUUUCCCAUGUUUACCUAGCUUACACAGAAGAAAGCCUGAGACAGUCUUUGAUGAAGCUGGAGAGACCGAGGACUUCAAAAGGAAGAUCCAGGCCCAAAACUGGUAGAAGGUGAAGAACUUUGGAAUAUCAAAAACGUUCUGCAAAGCCAGGAGCUGUCAUUGACUCUCUGCUGCAAUAGGUGGGACGGAUUCAGAAAUGCUGUAAAAAUCAGUGAGUGUGUAAGGCUGGGCCAGAACAUGGAACCCAAAAGAGUAGGCACAGUUUAACAAAGUGGCUAUGAAAUCCAUGCCUUACUGGUAUGGAGUUUUAUUUAAAAAACAUUUUUCCUUAGUUGCCCAUAUACUGUAUGUUAUAUUAACAUAAUGUUAAACAGGUAUAUAUGGUGGUUGUGAAAUUCUGUGUUAAACAAUUUUGUGUUGUGCAGGGAAACUAUUGUUGGCAAUCCUUGUUGAAGUGUAUAGAAAGCAAGGUUCUAGAUGUGUGUUUAAGUGCUAGACAUGCUAGCCCAGAGUGGUUAGUUAAAACUUAAAGCUGGUAAAUCUGAUUUAUGUUCUGCUUUGCACAUAGAAACUGGCAGCUUUCACUGUUUUCUGCUGUUGCACUGUUCUGUGUGUUUGAAUGUGGUUGCUGCAAACCUAUGAGUUAACUUGAUUUUGGCAUCAAACCCUUUUAUUUAAAUAUUCCUCAUUGUAGUUAGGAACCUGAUCAUUUUGUGAAUGGAAUACAUGUCAUUUUUUAUCCCUUCAUCUGCAGUCUUACUAUACAGAGUAGUUGCCAGACUUCUGGGAAGGGACAGUGUUCUGUUUCAGUGCAACAAGUAUGUCAAGUUGUGCUUUCCUUUCUUGCCCACUUGUGUGUAAUCUCCUUGCACUGCAGAGAAUGGCCUUUGAGGCAAAGGCAAGAAAAUGCAUUUUGUUUUCUUCCUUUUAAGUAUGUGUUGCAGCAUUGCUCUGGCUGCUUUUCAUGCUUCUGACUGAGCUGGCAAAUUUUUAAUUUAUAUGCAUUGUUUUGUUGUAACCUGGACAGCAGAGAUUAUUUAAAGAGAAUGCUCUGUUGCUAAAGUUUGGAUUUGUCUUGGGGACACUGAGCAUUACAGUUCCAUUUUUCCUCAUCCCUGAUGCAAAGAGCACUGGACCAGUGCUCUAUAAACUGAAGAUGAAUUUGACUCUCCUGUUUUAAAAUGGGCAUGAAUUGCCCCUUUUUCCCAGAACGGUAACAUCCUCUGAAAUAGCUGAUGCUGUCCUUGUCCCUGUGUAGACUGUCGUCUGUUUCUGGCUAUGUUUUAAGGAAAUAGUUCUGGUCUCUGUUAAUAACCAUCUAUUUGUGGUGGCUGCUCAUGUUCUUAUUUUAUAUUUAUGCUGCUAAUACACAUAACACUUUAAUAUAUUACUCUUGUGUCGUGGAGAAAAUGCAUCUCCUUUGUACUGUGUGUUAUAUAACUAGUGCUGGAACAUAUCAGUUGCAGGUAUCCUCACAGUUCCCAUGCCGGUGGGGUGUUAACUAGCUAUGAUUUCCAUGUAGUCUUACUGUUACCUAGAGUUUAAAAAGCUAUGAUACUGACAUGAAAAAUUGAGUCCAUAAGCAUGACAUGAUGAAGAACAGGACAAGUCCUUGGGUGUGCUGAGUUUUUGCUAGUAGCCACAUUUGCAGUUACUAGAAUACUCUUGUGAAGUACUUACAGCAGUUAAAGAAGUCCAUAUCCCCCUCUUACUAUUGCAGUGCUUAAUGGGGUGUACCAUGUGGCUCUGACAGGUGUGAAUCAUCAUUUGACAAGUAAAGCUGUUCUUUUAAUAGCAUAUUUCAUUCAGGAGAUACAUUCAGUGCUAUUUUAAACAAAUUCUAGGCUUUUUCUGGUUUUUUAAAAUAUAUAUUUUUCAGGGUUGUGAACUAGGAGGAGAAUAUCUGCCCUCUACCUUUUGUGCAGGGGAAAAAGAUCUAGCUUUGUCACCUGAAUUCAUAAAAGAUGCAAAUACAAAUUGUCUUUUUUUUUUUUAUAGUGUAGCAUUUAAGAGAAAUACUCAGUUUCUGUUUAAUCUAAACUGUAGUUGAUUUUUACUCUUGAAGAGCUGAUCUUAUUUUGAAUGUGCUUGGAUAAGGUUAAGACGUCAAAUAUUAUGUGCUUGUCAUAAAACAGACUAAAAAUGACUCGAACACUGUUCUUUGUCUUAGGAGUUUCUUAUGCAGGUUCAUGGUCCAAGCAGAUAAAUGCAUAAUUUUGGUCUGUAUCAGUUCUCGGAACCAGGGAUAGUUGUUGUAUUUCAUUGUGUUAUGCCUUGCUUUGUUGAAGGAUCUGUUUUUAAGGGGGUUUCUCCUGACUUGUGCUUUUGAAACAAACAAAAAAAACUGUAGUAAAUUGUUCUUUUGCUUGACAGAUCAUCAGUGACUUACAUGUCACAAUGAACCAUGACAUUGAGUUCAGAAUAUUUAAAAAUUAUAAAUGCACAUGCUGAUCAUCUUGAUUUAAUUCAUGUUACAGUCCUGCUGUUGAAAACCGUAAUACUCUAGGUAUAACAGAGGGUCUUGGGGCAGGGAAAAUGUGCUUAAAGAGAAGUUUGCUUGCACACACUUUGGAGAGACUGGCUGGGAUUUCAUAUUAGCGGUUUGUUUUGGAGAACACGUCAUUUGCUCCUGCAAGAAUAUACUUUUUUUUUUUUAAAGUGGAACACUACCAUAGCCAUGCUAAAGACUAUCAGCUUUGGCGUAACUUUUAACUGUGUUAGGAUUUUUUGGGUUUUUUUUUUUUUCCUCUGGGAAUUUUCUUUUUAAAUCGGAGAGCCUGGCUUGGAGGUUUACUAUAUGGGCCUCUCUGUAUCCAUGGAUAAUCUGUGAAUGUCUAAUGUGCCCAUAACAUGUUUUAAUAAGGAAUGGCUUUGGUUGGUUUGGGGCUUUUUAAUGACUUGGCCAACACAGCCAUUCUGAUUUCAGCUCAGUAGUUGCUCUAUAGUAUUUCUUAGUAUCAUAUUAACUUACAUAUAUAUAUAUACACACAUAUAUAUGCACACAUAUGGUGUAUACUCACCUUCCCAUUUUGCUACCAGAAGUUCCCUUUCAUUCCAGAAUAUCAAUCUUAACAUUGAAUUUUCCUGCAUUUGUUAUGUAAUGUUGUUCUAAAUGAAUUAUCUCAUAUUUAACUUGUUCCUGAUUUUUUUGUUUAAAAGGAGGGGAAAAUUGUCCUUAGUGCCUUUCACUGACUUGCAUUGUCUGCACACAUCCUAGUUUUCACCUUUCUCAACAGGUCUGUUCAGCCGGUUCUGUAUAUAAGAAAAACUACUAGUCUGUUUGUAUACUUUGUCUUCCUAUUUAUUGGCUCUCUAACUGUUUAUUUCUGAUUAUUCUUAGUUUUCGGAUGAAUUCAUUAUACUGUAUAUAUCAGUAUUGUGUCCUUGAAGCAUGUUCAUACCAUAAAAUAAAAUUCUUGAUUCCUA